AUUAUCAUUCGGUGAGAGAAACAAUCAUUUUUCCCCAAUCUAUCUCCCCCUACCCUCUCUCGAUUCUCCCAUCACUCCAUUUUCUCCGACGCUUUUAGAUUCUUCCACGGCGCCGCCGCCAUCGCCGCCGAACCGGAGGUUCACCACACGCAAUUCAAUUCUUCCAGUCGAUGCACUCUGCUGUUCAGCUUCGCACCCCACACCAAACCACUAUCCAUACCUAAAACCUAAUCUGUAGAUCCCGCUGCCUGCAUCACCGUGCAUCUGACGUUAGCAUGCUUUGCGGUUAAAUUCGAUCUGUGCAUUGAUUCAUCGAUCGGAUUCGUAGGCGUCGCGAUUCUCUUUGGAAUUGAGGGAAAUGGCGGGGCAGAAUCCGAAUAUGGAUCAGUUUGAGGCGUAUUUCCAGAGAGCCGAUGUGGAUCGGGAUGGGCGGAUUAGUGGGAUUGAGGCCGUUAAUUUUCUCCAAGCUUCAAAUUUGCCCAGACAAGUCCUUGCUCAGAUAUGGACAUUUGCUGAUAAAAAUCGACUUGGUUUCCUGGGCCGUCAAGAGUUUUAUAAUGCUCUUAAACUUGUUACAGUUGCUCAAAGCAAGCGAGAUUUGACCAAAGAAGUUGUGGAGGCUGCCUUAAAUGGUCCAGCUGCAUCCAAAAUUCCUCCUCCUCAGAUAAAUCUUGGGCUACUGAUUCCUCAGCCAAAUGCAAGGGCAAAUCCAUCUCCUGUACAAUUGGCUGGCUCUUCAUCCCCUAUGCCAGGUAUCAGUGUAAGUGGCCAGCAGGCACUUCUAACUCAGCCAAACCAAGUGAUGAGGCCUCCUCAGCCUUUGCCUCCUAGUUCUGGAUUCCAAUCUCAUCCAAUUGUUGCAACCCAUGGUAUGCCUGAGACUGGUUUGAUAACCACAUCUCCUCCUACUAAUUCGUUCGAUUCUCUUGGUGGGAGUGUAAAUGGCUCCCAAGCUGGAAUUUCUUCUCAAGGAAACAACAGAAACUUGAUUCCUUCUGCAACUCAGGGUGUCUUUGGCCAAACAGUGUCACCUAUGACUCAACCAAAAGCACCAGAGAUCAGUGGGUCACUACAAUCUGCUUCCCCCACCCUUUCAACAGCAGGAAAUGGUUUACCGUCAGACUCGGUGUUUGGAGAUGUGUUCUCUGCAGCAUCUUCUCAACCACCACAGAACUCCUCUGGACCUGCAUAUCCAACAAGUAGCGGACCUGUCUCAUCUAUGGGGAAUUCAGUGUUGUCUAGAGACCAGCCUUCAGUUAAGCCAAGUGGUGUUUCUCAACCUCCAACUACUCAAGCUCAACAAGUCCAGUCCGCUGGAAAAGCAAGCCAGCAUGUUUCGGCACAUAAACCUCCUCUGUUUCCACCUGCAGCUGGCCAUCAUCCACCUGCAGCUGGGCACCAUCCUCCUGCAGCUGGACAAUCUAAGGGUCCUUGGCCAAGAAUAACCCAGUCUGAUGUUCAGAAGUAUGGCAAGGUGUUUGUACAAGUUGACACUGACAGAGAUGGGAAAAUUACUGGUGACCAAGCACGCAAAUUAUUCUUGAGUUGGAAGUUACCUCGAGAGGUCUUAAAACAGGUCUGGGACUUGUCUGAUGAAGACAAUGACAGUAUGCUUUCUUUGAGGGAAUUCUGUGUUGCUCUCUAUUUGAUGGAACGGUACAGGGAAGGGCGCCAUCUUCCUACAGUGCUUCCUCACUCUUUUAUAUUAGAUGAGACAUUGUUUUCUGCCCCUAGUCAACCUACUGCUGUGCACGGUGUUACAUCAUUCAGACCACCUUCUGGUUUUCAACAACCCCAAGGGUCUAGCAACGCAAGAGCUAUGCCUUCUACUGGUCCCGGAAGGCCACCACGCCCAGUGCCUGUUCCCCACCCUGAUGAGCCCAUUCAACAAAAGGCUAAAGUACCGGAGCUGGAGAAGCAUCUCUUAGACCAGCUUAGCUCAGAGGAGCAAAAUGCAUUGAACAAAAAGUUUGAGGAGGCAAAGGAUGCUGAGAAAAAGGUGGUAGAGCUGGAGAAGGAUAUUCUGGAGGCUAAACAGAAAGUUCAGUUCUACCAUGCUAAGAUGCAAGAACUUGUCCUGUACAAAAGUCGAUGUGAUAAUAGGUUGAAUGAGAUAUCUGAAAAAGUUGUAGGUGACAAGAGAGAGGCUGAGUUAUUAGCGAAGAAAUACGAAGAGAAGUACAUGCAGGUUGGAGAUGUAGCUUCCAAAUUAACAAUCGAAGAGGCCACAUUUCGUGAUAUUCAGGAGAAAAAAAUGGAACUGUAUCGGGCAAUUGUUAAAUUGGACCAAGGGAAUGCUGAUGGUGCUCAGGAUCGAGCUAAUCAGGUCCAAUCAGAUCUUGAGGAACUAGUGAAAGCUUUGAAUGAACGUUGCAAAACUUAUGGAUUGCGUGCAAAACCAACUUCACUCCUUGAACUUCCAUUUGGUUGGCAACCUGGCAUUGAAGGAACAGCAGCUGACUGGGAUGAAGAUUGGGAUAAGUUCGAAGAUGAAGGAUUCACCUAUGUCAAGGAGCUUACUCUUGAAGUGCAAAAUGUGAUUGCUCCUCCCAAACUAAAAUCUGCCUUUAGAGAAAAGGUUUCUUCAUUUCACAACAGCACGACUGGAAAAUCACCUUCUAAGGCUGAUAACAACUCAGAGUUGCCAAGUUCUGUGGAGAGAGUAACUGAGGAUGACAGGCUAGAGACCAACAACUCAGAGCAUACAGCAAGAACUCCACCUGACAGUCCAGCAGGAAAUAAUGCAGUUGCCAGCCCGUCCAAGGAAUUCCGAGAUUUGCGAAUGAAUAAGGACUUCAACAUGAAUGGUUCACCGCAUGCAUUUGACACCCAAAGUGAAUAUGGGGCUGAAUCUAUAUUUUCUGGGGACAAACGUUUUGAUGAUCAAAAUUGGGGUACCUUCGAUUCACAUUAUGAUGCGGAUGCAGCAUGGGAUUCUGUUUCUGUUGCUUCAAAGGAAGCUGGUUCGUUGUUUGGCCCUGACGACUGGGGUCUAAACCCAAUCAAAACAGGGGCCAGAGGCACAGAUGGAUCUCUUCCUAGGCAGGGGCCAUUUUUCGAUUCAGUUCCAAGCACCCCAUCCAACACUGGUUUUCCAAAGCAGGGCUCAUUUUUCGAUUCAGUCCCCAGCACCCCAUCCAACGUACCUUCUCAAAAGCAGGGGCCAUUUUUUGAUUCAGUUCCAAGUACUCCACUUUACAAUUUAAGCUCUCCUCAUGCGGACAAUCUGUUUGCAAGGAAUAGUCUGUUUGCAGACUCCGUGCCAACCACGCCAAUGUACAACUUCAGCUCUCCGAAAAAAAUUAGUGAAGGUUCAGAAGAGCAGCAUUCAUUUGAUAGCUUCUCAAGAUUUGAUUCCUUCAACAUGCAAGACAGUGGCCCUUUCAGUUCACGAGACUCCUUCUCCAGAUUUGAUUCCAUGCGAAGCACUAGAGAUUCUGCUGACUUUGAUCAGGGAUACUUCGCUCAACCAGAGACCCUCACAAGGUUCGACUCUUUCCGCAGCACUGCAGACUCUGAUUAUAAUUUUGGGGCAUUUCCUCCACAAGCGUCAAUGACGAGAUUUGAUUCCAUGAGUAGUAGCACACGGGAUGCAGAUUAUGGCCAUGGAUUCGAUGACACAGCUGAUCCGUUCGGGUCAGAUGAGCCAUUUAGGUCGUCUCGUGAAGCUCAAACACCAUCGAGGGACUCUGGUAGUUGGAAAGCUUUCUAGUUUCCGCAAUUUUAUCAUUAAUUUUUUUUUGUGUGUGCAAUCAUGUUUGCUAUGGAGCUAUGUUGUGUGGGAGUUCAAGUUGUAGGUGAGGCGACUUGGUUCUUCCAUUUGACAGGAGCAUUGAGCCGAUCAGUUUUUCCUUUUUCUUUGUGUAAUUACUUUAUUUUGACUUGCUUUUGAUUAUUAGUACUAGUAUUUUUUAUGGUGUUGAUAAUAGCAUAUUCAUUUUCAACAUUUGUCAGGAUUGUAAAAUUUGUAACACUGUAUGAGAAGUCUUUUCUUUAAUGGUCAGACAUUUUCAAAUUUUGAUGAA